AUGUCCUACUGCGGCCACGAUCCGUCCCUGAAAGGCAUGGUGCUGCGGGUGUGCAAGGAACGUCCCGAUUCCCACCAUCCAGAAGCAGAGGUCGUCGCUGGGGAGUCCUUAUCCGGAGGCUCCGCAUCAGCCUCGGCAACAGGCUCGGUGCAGCCCGAGCCUGUGCUGCGUCCGGAGGAGCGGGAGCUGUGGGGAGAAGUGGUGCCGGAGCUGGCAGUGGCUCCGGAUCGGAUCGACCUGCUGCAUCAAUUCGUGAAGAGGGUGAUGGCACCACUCAUAGGAGACGAAUUCGUGGAGGCAGGGACCACGGUGAAGGUUCCUCGUAGCUUUCUGCAGGAGGUAGCAGACCACAUACGGCCAAGGCGGCCUCCCUGGCGACAGGCUCAGGGCGACGUGGAUUUGCAAAUAGAGGAGGCGCUGCUGGUGACGGAUCUGACCCACCUGCACCUGGAGAACGAGGAGUGGGAGGAGGACUGGGAGGAGACGGUGCGGGUGGACCGAUCUGGCAGCUGCAGUAGCGGUUACAAUGGCACCACGUUCUGUAUCGAGCUCAAGCCCAAGACCGGGUUUUGCCCCUCCUCUCCCUGCAUCGCGCCGGCCAAUCACGUCAAGACAGCUGUCCCGCGCUUCCCCAUGCACCAGCAGCUGAAGCUGUCAGAGGGGGAGGUGGCAGAGAGCAGUGCAUACAACCCUCUAGACCUCUUCUCUUCCUCGCCCCCCCGCGUUCUGUCUGCUCUGAGAACAUUGAUCGAUAACCCGCAGAACAAUCUGAGGAUUUUUGCAGAUGGGAAGUUGCUGCUGGGGGGGCAUAUACACAGGCAGGCGGACAGGGGGAAGGGGAAAAAGGGGAAAGGGAAGGGGGGAAAGGGGGAAAAGGUGGGAGAGGAGGCGCAGGUUGAAAGAGUGAAUUCGGUGGAUUUAGCAGCUAUGAGAAGGGAGGAGAAAGCGCACGAGGCAGCAGGCUUGGCUGCUGCUGAAGCAGCUCUAGAAGGCUUUGUGUCUGCCGGGAAAGAGGAGUCCAGCAGUGAUUCGCCAGCAGCAGCAGAAUCACUGUCCGCCGCACCUCAUCUGACUCACCCUCGGGUGGACGCUCUUUUAUCCCUCGCCACAGAGUGCCUCGUGCAGUGUGGGGCGCUGGAGAAGUUGUUGGCAGCACAGAAGCUGGAUAAGUGGGAUAUUGAAGGGGCGAUUCAUGCUUAUAACGACUUUCAAUAA